AUGCAUAAAGACCGUCGAAGAAAGCGGGAUACUGUACCUACCUCGGUUCAUAAUAGAGAAACUGCGGAGGAAACUGGCUCCUCAGAUAGAGCCAUAGAUAGGGUUCCGCCUUACCGAUUGACCCUGCCACGGUUCAAUGGAACUGUAGAGGGUGCAGAAUUGUUGCUACUAGCCCCGUUGACAUCGGUACAUAUCGGCCGUGCGGCUAGAGAGUAUCUCUCUUCUAAUUUAUUACGGUUCAUCCUGCCCUCACUUGGAGAAGAAGCUUCGUAUGUGACUCAUGUUCCUUGUCGAUUGGGGCAUGAAGUUGCCCUAGACCAUGCAGUUCAAUGCGUUGUCGCUGCGUUUCACGCAUUGCAUAGUCAAUCUUCCUCGAAGCAGAAGACUCUCUCAUUGUACAUGCGUGCAUUGAACAGUCUUCAACAGGCUAUUAACGAUCCGGAGAGAUCACUUUCUGCAGAGACUUUGUGUGCGACCGAACUGCUCUGUCUUUUUGAAUACUUGACUAAUGACAUCGAUAAAGCUUGGCUUCAACAUACCCGGGGCGCCGCUUUGUUAAUCGAGCACCGUGGCCCUGAGAUGUUUACGACUGAGUUUGAAAUGUCUCUCUUGAUUGGCCAGAUGGGGAUUAUUACAACAGAAUCAUAUUUUGAUAGCAAACACUGCUUUCUCGAGCAAGAUGCCUGGAUGUCUACUUUGCAAUCUGCUAUUUCCCCAAACAGUCAAUUUUCUGAUCGUAGUGAGAGGGUCAUCUCGUUAUACGAGAGUCUCAUUGAGCUCACUGGUCUUUUCAGCGAUUGUAUUACUAUAGUUAUGAACCCCGAUGAACACGAUGGUGUGCUGUACGAAACACUAGUCCGGAAAGUUUACACGAGACGAGAGGCUCUGUCGACAUGGUAUCACAGGUGGAGCAAAAAUAUACCUAACGAGAUGGAAGAUAAAACAUCAUCUCCGAUGACUGACGGCCCCUACCUAUGGCCACAAAUCCUAGUCACGUAUCAAGCCUGUGUUCUGAUGACUAAUCGAAUGCUGGUUGCACUCGACCGAACCCUAGGAUAUCUUCUAGAACCCGAAUCGCUAGAAAUCGCAGGUCAGAUUUUGACGAUCCGAAGUUCACGACAGACCGAUAUUCGCGCUGGUAGUAUGAUGGCCAGUUUAUCGGUCGCUCACUCCAUCCUGGAUACAGCAGAGGACUGGCAUCGAGAUAUAGUUGACGUUGACCUGUCUGCCAAGCGUGCAUAUGGAAAACCGGUUCUAAUAUCACCUGAGAAGUUCCGUCAUUGGGUUGGACUGAUGGGUGUCAAUAUCUGA